CAUUAAUAUAUAUGAAAUAAGAGCUGAAAAGGGAACAGGAGAAGGUUACGGUGAAGAAGAAGGAUGGCGUUCGCGUUUGGGAAGGAUGCGGGGCCCCAAAGCCAAGGUACCAAACUGUUACCGUUCGGUACUCCGGCAUCAUCUCAGGCACCGCCAAUACCUCAACCUGGCCGUCCUCGAUCUCCAUGGGGUCCUCCACCAAUGGACAGCGUGCAGUUCCCGUCAUUGGGUUAUGGAACUCCUGGCUUCGUGAGAAGUCGUCAUCCAUCAGCUAGAAUGCCAAAGUUUACUUUACUCACUUACCCCUUUGGUGUGUUACAUUUUCCCCCUAGGCCUGUUGAAACUCCUCCUAGAUGGGGUAAUGGAAACCAAUCUUUCUUGAACGGUGAUGGUCAGAAAGAUCAUCUGCAUUAUGCUGUCAAAUCUAUUGUUGCUACCCGUAAUCCUGGAACUGCAGUGGCAGAAAAGGUCACUGGAAUGCAAGACCAGAAAAGGAGUAGAUCACCUUCUUAUUUUACUGCUGAAGUUGGUUUACAAAAUUCAGGUUUAGGUUUCCCACAAAGGCCUGUCCAAUCUCCUCCUACAUGGGGUAAUGGAAACCGAUCUAUCUUGAACGGUGAUGGCCAGAAAGAUCCUGCGCCUUAUGCUGUCAAAUCUCUUGUUGUUACUCGUAAUUCUGGAGGCGUAGUGGCAGCCAAUUUUACUGGAUUACAAGACCAGAAAAGGACUAGGUCAUCUCCUGAUGCUACUAAUGAAGUCGGUUCACAGAAUUUGAUAUUAGCUUUGCCGCAAAUGUCCACGGUGCCAGGACUUUUUCCAAACUUAUCAAAUCAUCAAAAAGUGUCCCCAUGUCAAGUCAAUGAACUAGCAAAUGGCCAUCUCCCGAAGCGAAGUAGAUCCCCUCCUGCCAGCGGAAGUUUGCAAGGAAAUGCACCUUCUGUGAGAAAGGAAGCUAAAAGCUCAGAUGUUGGGGACCAAGAUGUUCCUGUUGGUGGAUACGAGCAAUCCAAACAAAGACAAACUGUUCCCGUGAAUCAUUCGGGAGAAUGCCGCACCAAUGACAAUAAUGUAUCAAACUUGGAGGGUUUGGGAACACAAAGCCUUAUUGUUGGUGUCCAGAUAUGUGCCCUGAGGGAGCGAGAAAGUAAUGGGAUCUUGAUCAGUAUGAACGUUUGGAUGGGGAUAGAAAUCAAACAAAACGUUUGCUUGCAGUUAAAAAGGACAGCGGAGAGGGAAGCAUAUCUUAUACGUCCGAUGGCUGUCCUUCAAAAGACCAUUGAUUACCUACUUAGCUUACUAGAUCAGCCAUAUGAUGGCAACUUCCUUGGGAGGUACAACUUUCUGUGGGACAGGAUGAGAGCAAUCCGGAUGGACCUGAGAAUGCAGCACAGUUUCAAUGUGGAAGCUAUAACUAUGUUGGAGCAAAUGGUGGAACCUUUAGAGCUGUCGCUAGAUCUGGCAAAGAUGACUCCCGAUAUAAGGCAAAACCCUGAAGUGCUUUUUGCUCGCAAUGUUGCAAGAGCUUGCAGAACAGGCAACUUCAUUGUCUUCUUUAGGCUUGCUAAGAAGGCAACUUAUCUUCAAGCAUGUUUAAUGCAUGCUCACUUUGCUAAGCUACGAACCCAUGCACUUGCUUCCUUAUACUUGGGUCUACAAACCAACCAAGGAAUCCGUGUUUUUGAAGUUGCCAAGUGGAUUGCUAUAGAGGUUUCGCCCUACCCAUUGGACACUGCUUAUUUCUUGAUGUCUUUACAUUGGGGAAAAACCUUGUCUUACACUAGUGCCUCGUGGAUGAGAGCAAUCCUGAUGGACCUGAGAAUGGAGCACAUUUUCAAUUUGGAAGCUAUAACUAUGUUGGAGCGAAUGGAUGUCUGCUUGACCUUGUCGUGCCAUGCAUUUGAGAAGAAAGGCAUUAUUGUGCCGUCAGAAAAAGAAUUCCGUGGUCAUUAUGCUCUUCUCAAACUGGACAAGCAUCGUGGAUGCAAAGUGGAACCUUCCGAGCUGUCGCUAGAUCUGGCCAAGAUGACUCCCGAGAUAAGGCAAACCCCUGAAGUGCUUUUUGCUCGCGAUGUUGCAAGAGCUUGCAGAACAGGCAACUUCAUUGACUUCUUUAGGCUUGCAAAGAGGGCAUCUUACCUUCAAGCAUGUAUAAUGCAUGCUCACUUCGCUAAGCUACAACCCCUUGCACUUGCUUCGUUAUAUUUGGCUCUACAAACCAACAAAGGAAUCCCUGUUUCUCAAGUUGCUAAGUGGCUUGCUAUGGAGCAAGAAGAUGUCGAAAACUUGUUAGCAUAUUAUGGGUUCUCGAUAAAGGAUUUUGAAGAGCCAUAUAUGGUGAAGGAAGGACCAUUUCUCAAUAGCGAUAAGGACUUCUCAACAAAGUGUUCCAGACUUGUUCAUCUAAAAAAGUCAACUACUAUCGUCAGUGAUAUUUCUCCAUCUUCUCUAGUCACACCUUUGCCUGCUGAAGCAACAAGAAAAAUCCGAGUUCCUUUUGUUGACAAGAAGAAUCCAAGUCACACAUUUGCCGUGAAAGCUACACCUGCUUUGGUUGAUAAGAAGAAUUCUAUCAGUGCAAUUAAUGAUGAAAUGCCUGAUUCUCAUGUUGUUGUGCCAUUACCAAAGUUUGGCUUGCAAAAACAGUGUACUAUUGGUAGAUCUGAAGUUUUGAUCAAAUGGAGACAUAUAACAAUAAUCAUGUGACAACAACUGGCAAUAUUGUACCAUGGAAAACGUACUUUCAGCUUUUAGUGCUCCGAACUCUCAGCCUGCUAAAGUUGGAGAACUGGAGGAAAGCACGACUGAUUCUCCUUUCCCAAUCACUAAAACUGAGGACAUGCACAGCCACAACCUGUGGUUGGAGUACCAUUGAAAGAGAGGCCCUUAGUGGUGAAAACGAUAUCCCGAGGGAGAUUGUAAUCGAUCAGAGUGUGGUGGGCAAUUUAUUGAAAGGUGAAGAAACCCCUGAUGUCCAUCAAGAAUAUGAAGAUGACGAGUUGAUGGAGAAUCUCGAAGAUGAAGUAGCUCGAGAGAAGCUCAAGUUGUUCAUAAGGUUAUGGAAGUGGGGUGUUUCCAGACAUCAGAAAUUACACCGUUAAAGACAGACAUAUGCAUAUGCUGCAAUGAGAUCAUUAUCACUCGGACCACAGAUUCGGAGGACUCAAGAACAACCAAGCAAGAUUCUCGAGUUCGACAUUGACUUUGUCAUGAAGGAAAGAUGCAGAAUAUAUGAGCAUUCUUGGUCUCCAUUAAAUCCAUCAGAAGUCAUUGCAGAUGAAGCCAGCUCGAGAAAUCCAGACGCCAAAUGUCUCUGUUCGAAGCUCGUAGUAUGUUCACAGUCACAAGAAGAUGAUCAACCAGGUCCCAGCAAGCAUGCAACAGCAUGCCCUUGGUUGUGUUCAAAGCUCAUCCCCAACAGAUCAAAAGAUACAUUACCGAGGAAGAAUUGUUAACUUCAUCUCCAGGCCUUUCAAUAUGGAGAAAGUGGGUUUCUAGCGACAUGUGCUGCUUGUCUGUCGUCAGAGAUUCCAGUUUUUGUACUCCAGAUGAGGCAGGAGCUGGUGCAACUAUUGUGGUUUUCGUCGUAUCAGAAACUAUCCUGAUGAAUCCUCAGAGAAUCACACUCCACAACCUUCUAUGGGCCAUACAUCCAAGUUCUGCAGUUCCUCUACUGGUUUUCUAUGGAAAAUGGGAUAGAACGGUUUCUGACCUUUGGCCACCAUAGCUCAUCAACUUGGAUUGAAUACCAUUGACAAGUCUAGAAUAAGAAGUUUCUCCGUUGUGUUCCUCAUUGGAGAAGAUGCCAAUGGAUUUUUCAAUGAUGGCAGAGUGAGGAAAGGACUAAGAUGGUUAGCUAGAGAACCACCCCAACAACCAGAUCUUCAGUUCUUAAAACUGCAGGAGUUGGCUCUCGCACGGCUGAAUCCGUCUCUAGAUGCACUCCGGAAGAUGAAUGACUGUGAAGUUGGACCAAAUAAGUGUAUCUCAGUAUUCAAUGAAACUUUGGAUGGGUGUGUGGAGGAAAUUUUCGCACCCGACAGGUUGGCCUAGCCCUGAGUUGGUUUUGCUGGAGGAAAGCAAAAGCUUGUUGAUAGAGUCAUAUCUACCAAGCAUAGGGUGGAGUUCAGCAUAAAAAAUCAAACCUCUGAUUUCUGCUGUAUGGAGUUGUAAGCUUCCUGGAUUUGCUGAUGAUGUAUCGUGGUUAUUUGAAGGCACGACAAACAUGGGAGAUGAGCUCUAGAAGCUUAGUCUGAAAUCGAGAACUGCUUGAUCAGAUACCUGACUGAAUCGAGUGGGAUGAUGGGGUUUCCAUUGGCGGCCAAGGAGGCACAUGUUAUGUUACGGAGAAGUACUCGCCUGGAGUUCCUGGAGUGCUCAAGUUACCAUAUUGUUGUGAAUUGGGUGAAGGUCUUUCGAAGGGUUUUCAAUUGGCAGCUCAAUAAGUUACCAUCCGAUGCCUAUGUAUUAAGGUGCAGCAUUGUGGAUUUGGAAUCACUGAUGCUUGAUGAGUUAGUGGUAGAGUUUCUCUUCCACUUAAGC